CAUGGUGACUGUAUCAAGGCCCUUGGCCACGUGGGGCUAUGGCCUUGAACACAGUCCGGUUUUGUUGGCCACUUACGGAGCCAUUGCCUCUGUGGCCAACACCCAACACUGGGCAGUUGCCGAGCCCCGCCCCACGGCCCCCCCGCCCCACACCACACCACCUGUGCUUCGAGCCUCUCCUGCACCCCAGUGGGGCUUUGGCUUACCAGAGGUCACCUGGAGCAGGCCCUGGGUCCCACCUGCCUGCUGGCUGGGUGCUGGUUGGUUCCCUGCAUCUCCCUCUCAAUGUGACCUUGGAAUAGGUGUGUGAGGACCCCAGCUCCAUGCACACAGCACUUGCCUCCCAUAUUCCCACUCACGUGGGGCCCCUUCCCCAGGAAGCAGGAAGUGUGGCGGGAAGCCCUGCCCACCCUGCUCAGGCUGCCCUGGCCCUUGGGCUAGGUUUGGGUCCUUGCAUCUGUUCUCUUGUUCUGUCUUUGUCAUAUCUUGUUCCUUCCCUGAGGGAGCUCCUCCCUGAAUGCCAUCUUUAUGGGGGCUGCAUGUUGGCCUCUCCUUCCUGACCCUCGGCUUUCCCCUUUAGGCACCUUACUUGCCUUGGGUGAUAUCUCAGGGUCCUCUAAGGUCCCACCAGGUGUCACCUGCUGGUUUGUCUGGUGCACCUUCAGCCCCAUCCCCUUGGGGGGGGGUCAGUGGUCCUUGGAUCAGAACUGAGUGCAAAAAUGUCCAAUCCCCAGCCCAAUCGCAAUUUUUUCAAGAAGCAAAGGGUACCUCCACCAGGAAGUCCACACGUCCAUGGUCAGAGCCUUCAGGUGGUCCCGGGGUGGUAUUUUUGGGCAGUGGUGGCAAGGAGGGGCCCCGAGCAAUGGGGCAGCCCGAGGGGGUCUUCCUGAGAGAUGGCCUCUUCCUCGGAGGUCUCCUUCAGUGGCCACUUGACUGGGUUCCAGCGGGUAUGGUCUGUGCACAGGGACUACCCCCUGAGCUUACUUAGCCCAAGUCACCUCCUAUCACCCCAAACUCUCAAGAAACUCAAUCUCCAGCUCAGAAAUAAUCCAGCGCAGUGCUCAGUGGCGGUGGCUCCUUUGGUUACUUGGAAGGGCACAAAACCACUCCUGGAUGGGAAGGGGGUACACACAGGAAGGACACCUACAGGCCGAGCGGGGCGUGGCAGGAGCCAGCAGGGUGCAUGGAGGCCCCGUUCCAAAGCCCUCUAAUCGCCAGCGCCACCACCGCUGCCACAAGUCCGAUCACUGGCCUCACACCGAGGCUUUCUCGGUUGCCCCGACGACGUGUCCGGACCGCAGUCAGCUGAUCGGUAGAGACGCCCCCACGCUCUCUGCCCCUAUAAAGGCUCAGUCUUGGGGUCGAGGCUGCCUCUCUUGGACUUCCCUACUCAAACUCCAGUUCCCGGGCGACGUGAGGAUUAGUCUCGUGGGGUGGGGGUUCCGGAGCGGUCGGCGGAGGGAGGGAGGUAGUGGGGAGCCCAGGCCAGGGGCAACAGUCACCGGGACACUCGCUGUGCGCAGAGUCCUUGCCCCAAACUUCCAGUCGGGAGCCCGGGAGAGACGCUGGGCAUCAAGACGGGUGGCAGCCUGCCCGGCCGCUGCUCCCGGCCCGCCGAGUUCGCCACCUCACUCCCACCCCUGCUGGCCUCUCCCCGUGCUCAAGACACGAGACCCCGCCGUCUCUGCCUCUUCUGCAGCCACUUUAUUGCCUUCGGCCCUGAAUGAAGCCCGCAGGCGGCGGCCCCGGGGAGAGCCGGGAAUGGCCGCCGUGCCCCUCAGCCAGCCGCUGCCCUGGGCCUGCCCUGCCGACAUGCAGCUCUGCGGCCACCUGCGCGCAGACCCGCCGCGUCCCGAGUGUUCCGAGAGCGAGCAGAAGUUUCGCACGUGCCGAGCGCGGCCCCAGCGCGGCCUUAGCCUGGCGGGUGCGUGCACCACCAGCAAGUGCGCAGACGCGCGCCAGCACCACCUGAUCGUCCUCUACACCCGCGACAGCAGCCUGCGCGUGGCGGCGGCAGGCGAGGCGGAGCAGCAGGCGUGAUACAACACCCUGCUCGAGGAGCGCGGUGAUGCCGGUGAGGCCCGAGCCCCGGGCUUCCGGGGGCCUCGGGGGCUUCUGGCUGUGGUUUCUCCGUGGCUCGCCCCUCCCCCAGGUCGCCGAAAGUUCAAACAUUAAAGGGUUUGCAGGUUUAGAGUUCUCCGGCGCGGUGGCUCACGCCUAUAAUCCCAUUACCAACGCGGGCGUAUCACCUGAGGUCAGGAGUUCGAGACCAGCCUGGCCAACAUGGUGAAACCCCCAUCUCUACUAAAAAUACAAAAAUCAGCCGGGCAUGGUGGCACAUGCCUGUAAUCCCAGCUACUCAGGAGACUGAGGCAGGAGAAUCGCUUGAACCGGGGAAGCGGAAGUUGCAGGAGUGAGCCAAGAUCAACCACUGCACUCCUAGAUAACAGAGCUAGACUCUGUCUCAAAAAAAAAAAAAAAAAAAAAAGAGUUCUCCAGGCACAAUGACGAGGCCCAGGUGCUCAGGGACCCUCCUAUGAGCACCUUCAGACUCCCUGUCUCCCAUCCCUGAGACCCCAGCUUCUGCGGACCAGUCAAGUGGCCUGAGCCGUCCGGGGUG